AUGGAGGAUUGUAGGAAGAUGGCGAUUGUACUUUAUCGUUGUACGCGCUAUCCGGAAGGCGAGGCGGAUGAUGGAUGGAAGAGUUGCAAGGGACUGCGCAGCAUUGUAUCGGUGGACGCGCAAGAGUCGGAUUGUAUCGUUGGCGUGAUGGAAAGCGCAGAGGUAAUGUCGAUGCUCAAUGUUUACAAGACUAGUAUUACCAAAGCCGCCAAGGUACUCCGUAACAAGAUCACGGAACUCGAUAAGGCCAUCUUGGAGCCGUUGGACCUUACCACGGAGGCAGGUAAGGAUCCACAGCUUGUUCUUAGUCGUAAAAGUUUACUGUUUUUUCAUUCUACUACUCUUGGUCGUGCUGUUGAUACUCUUCGCGCCCAUAGAGAGAAGGCCGAGGAGUUUGCCCGUCAGCAUCCUGACGAGAGCGGCGAGUUCCCCUUCCUCCAACAGAUUCAGGAUCAUUGGGACGCCAAUGAACUGGAUGAGCUUGUGGAGGAAGCUGAAACUCUCCGAGAUCGUGUUGAUGCUGCGAUCAAACUCCUGACCCUAGCUCCCAUCAGCCCGCGCGAGAUGAAAGAAUGGAGGUCGCGAGCCAUUCUUCAUCGCAUGAGCAGGAUCGUCCAGCUGACCCUGAUGCAGUCGCGCCAGCUGAUCAACCCCCACCGGCACGCGCGUUAA